AUGAGUUCCGAAUUGAUUGAAAAGAUCCGUCAAAGAUCUCAUGAAUUAGAUCCUUGUACUCAAUCCAAUUAUUCCAAGUUUGAUGUCAAACAUACUGAUUUAUCAUUAUCGGUGUCAUUUGAAACCAAGACAUUAGCUGGGGUUGUUACAUAUACACUUAUCAAUAAAGAUGCAUCUAAUGAAGUCAUUCUUGACACCUCAGUCUUAGAUAUCAACCAAGUCAAAGUCAAUGGCAACUCUGCCGAGUAUAAACUAGGUGAAUUGUCAAUGUAUGGUACCCCAUUAAUCAUUCCUAUUGAUUCCAAACAACAAGAAAUUCAAAUCACGGUUGAAUAUAACACUACUGACAAAUGUACCGCUAUUCAAUUUAUCCAAGGUGAUACUGGGCCCUAUAUCUUUUCACAAUGUCAAGCUAUCCAUGCCAGAAGUUUAUUCCCCUGUUUUGACACUCCAGGAGUUAAAUCACCCUAUAAAUUCACCGCAAAAUCACCACUGGUCUGUACGAUGUCAGGAAGACCACAACCAAGUUCCCAAAAAAACAUAUAUUAUUUCGAUCAACCAAUUCCAAUUCCAUCCUAUUUAGUUUCAAUCACUUCCGGAAAUCUUAAAAAAGCCCCUAUUGGUCCUAGAUCUGAUGUAUAUAGUGAAGAACCAAAUCUUGCUGCAUGCAAAUGGGAAUUUGAAAAAGAUAUGGAAAAUUUCAUUCAAAUUGCCGAACAAUUAGUAUUUGAAUAUGAAUGGGAAAGAUUUGAUUCAUUGGUCUUACCUUCGAGUUUCCCCUAUGGAGGGAUGGAAAUCCCUAAUAUGACUCAAUUGACUCCAACUUUGAUUUGUAAAGAUAGGACUCAGACAAAGGUUAUGGCUCAUGAAUUGGCCCAUUCUUGGUCGGGGAAUUUGGUGACGAAUUGUUCUUGGGAACAUUUUUGGAUGAAUGAAGGUUGGACUGUUUAUUUGGAAAGAAGAAUCGUGGGGGCUAUUGCUGCCGCAGAGGCUAAGCUGCAAGGGAAGGCUAAUCCUGAAGAAUAUGGUGAACAGGUUAGACACUUUAAUAUGAUUAUUGGGUGGAAUGGAUUAAUUGAUUCUGUUAAUACUAUGGAUCCGAAAUUUACUUCAUUAGUUUGGGAUUUAGAGAAUCAAGACCCUGAUGAUGCAUUUUCAAGAAUACCUUAUGAAAAGGGAUUCAGUUUCUUGUUUCAUUUAGAAUGUAAAUUAGGUGGGUUGAAAGCAUUUGAUCCAUUUAUUAAGUACUAUUUUAAGAAAUUUAGAUAUACUUCAUUAAAUUCAGCUGAAUUUGUUAAAACAUUAUAUGAAUUUUAUGAACCAUUGGGUAAAGCAAGUCUUUUGGAUAGUAUUGAUUGGAAUACUUGGUUAUUUGGUUCUGGAUUACCGGAAUAUCCAAACUUUGAUACUACUUUAGCUGAUCAAGUUUUCCAAUAUGUUGAAAAAUGGGUUACUACAAUUCAAAAUAAUGGUGAUAUAUUACAACAAUUUUCAGAAACUGAUGUAGAAUCAUUUGAAGGUGAACAAGAAAUGUUAUUAUUGGAAACUUUGACUGAAAAAUUCAAAACUAUGAAAGUUUCUCCAGAUUUAAUUAAGAAAUUACCGGAAAUUUAUCCGAAAUAUAACAACAGUGGUAAUGGAGAAUUUAUUUCUCGUUGGAAUGAGCUUUUGAUUAGCUUUGGGAAAUACAACGCAACUGAUCCCAUUGUUCAAAAGUUUGCUAAUUGGAUUGGUUCAGUUGGACGUAUGAAGUACGUUAGACCUGGUUAUAAGUUGUUAAUAUCUGGCGUUAGUCUUGAAUUUGCAAUUGCAACAUUUAAGAGAUUUGAGAAUAAUUAUCAUCCAAUUUGUAAAACGAUGGUAAAGAAAGAUUUAGGGUUGGAUGUAUAA